AAAAAUGUGACAUCCACAACCUCCAUGGGGAAGUUCUCUUUAAACAAGAAGAAGGAGCCAGCAAUCAUUAAAGAUCUACACAUUGCUAUACAAUGGGUUGUCAAGAAUGAGGCACUGUUCUGUGGGCGCAUAACCAUGCGAAGUUAUGGGUCAAUGAAUGAAGAUGACCGCCAGAAGCCCAUAGAUAACGUGAUGCAAAGAGAAGAACCAGAAGCAAGGGAGCCAUUCCUCUUUGUAUUUCAGCACAGAGAAGAUAUGGAGUUGUUUUUGCAGGCAUGUCUUGACCAACAGGGCCUCCAAGUUAAUGCCAUGUUCAACAAAUGACUGAUGGACAAGGGGCGGUGGUGUGUUUCUGUUUAAAUUAUUGAUAAUAAAAAAAUAAGAUAAUUAA